AAAGGAGACAGCGCUAUGAUUGCCGGAGAGACGAGUGAACGUGUUUUCGCAGUACACAGCGGAGAGAAGAGAUCGCACGAGAAAGCAGCGCAGCAAACUAAUUACAAGCAGUUCACGCCGUACCGUACCAAACGACCGUUCCGUGCAAAGUAUGCUGUGUGUUCAUCAACAAGCAAGCCAGCGAAGCCCUGUUGGUUGUGUGGUGACAUGCACUGGGUGCGUGAGUGCACUUACCGUUCGCACAAGUGUCUCGACUGUGCAAGAUAUGGUCAUCGUGAGGGGCACUGCAACACAGCGAGCAGGAAGAAGCGGUUCAAUGUUCGGCAACGGAAUAUCAACACUCGUGUAGUAACGGUCAACGUCCGAAGCAUACGAGAGCGCCGCAGAUUCGUGUCCAUCGCUCUCAACGGAACAGCUGUUCGAUUGCAGCUAGACACAGCUUCGGAUAUCAGUGUCAUCGACCGCCGUACGUGGAGAAAAAUUGGCAGCCCGCCGUUAACACCGUCAUCCGUCACAGCUAAAACUGCAUCGGGAGCUACACUGGUAUUGGAUGGUGAAUUCAGCUGUGCUGUUAGUGUUGGUAGCCAGACGAGGCAGGCGACACUCAGCGUAUGCGGAGCAGCAAACCUACUACUACUGGGAGCCGAUUUGAUUGAUGUUUUCUCCCUCUGGUCGGUGCCGAUGGAUGCGUUCUGCAAUCACGUUGCAGUAGCAGGACAGCAAUCGUUCCAGCAGCUUUUUCCCAAGGUGUUUACGGGAACAGGACUCUGUACAAAGGCGAAUAUAAAAUUUACCUUGCGAGAUAAUGUUCGUCCUGUUUUUAGACCUAGCCGCCCAGUAGCUUACGCGAUGGAGGAAACCGUGAGUCGUGAGCUCGACCGUCUUGAGGAGUUGAAUGUCAUCACUCCUGUAACUACUGCAAAAUGGGCAGCUCCAGUGGUCGUCGUGCGCAAAGCCAACGGACUUGUUCGUAUUUGCGGCGACUAUUCGACGGGACUUAAUGCUGCGUUAUUCCCCCACGACUACCCGUUACCUGUACCAGAGGACAUUUUUGCAAGGCUGGCAAAUUGCAAGGUCUUUAGCAAAAUAGACCUGUCAGAUGCAUUUUUGCAAGUGGAAAUUGAUCCAGAAUACCGUCAUUUCUUGACCAUAAAUACGCAUCGAGGGCUCUACACGUACAACCGACUUCCACCUGGCAUUAAGAUAGCUCCUACAGCCUUUCAGCAAUUGAUGGACAUAAUGCUAUCCGGUAUCCAAGGCGUUUCAGUGUACUUGGAUGACAUCAUCAUCGGAGGUCCAUCCGAAGCGGAGCACGACGCAACCGUAGUAGAAGUUUUGAAUCGAAUUCAGAACUACGGGUUCACACUGCGAGCGGAAAAAUGCCACUUCAGGGUUAACCAAAUUAAAUAUUUGGGCCACAUUAUCGACAGCCAUGGAUUACGGCCUGAUGCGCAGAAGGUUGAAGCUAUUCGCAAGUUACCGGAGCCAACCAAUUUAACCGAAGUAAGAUCGUUUUUAGGGGCCAUAAACUAUUACGGUCGGUUUGUACCCAACAUGAGAAAUUUGCGCUAUCCAUUGGACGAUUUGUUAAAGGCCGGAGUCGAAUUUCGCUGGACGUCGGAAUGCAGAAAAGCUUUUGAGAGCUUCAAGACGAUAUUGGCUUCCGAUUUACUACUAACCCAUUACGAUCCUAAACAAGCAAUCAUCGUAUCUGCCGACGCAUCAUCAGUUGGCCUCGGGGCGACAAUAAGCCAUAAGUAUCCUGACGGAUCUAUUCGGGUGGUCCAGCAUGCCUCGCGCGCCCUCACAGUGGCAGAAAAAGCAUACAGCCAGAUUGAUCGCGAGGGCUUGGCCAUAAUUUUUGCGAUAAAAAAAUUUCAUAAGAUGAUAUUCGGCAGAAAGUUUUUAUUACAAACAGAUCAUCGGCCGCUUUUGCGAAUAUUUGGGUCGAAAAAAGGAAUCCCCAAUUUUACAGCCAAUCGGUUGCAACGUUUCGCUCCUACCCUACUGGCAUAUGAUUUUGAAAUAGAAUACGUUCGCACCGAUCAGUUUGGCAACGCUGACCUUCUUUCCCGCCUGAUACACACACACGCCAAGCCAGACGAAGAUUCAGUGAUAGCAUGUGUUACAUUAGAGGCGGAAGUAAAAUCAUUGGUAACUAGCGCUAUUCAGCAUGUUCCAGUUAAUUUUAUCGACAUAAGUAGAGAAACCAUAGCCGACAGAUUAUUAUCCAAAGUCCUUCAAUACGUUCAACAUGGAUGGCCAAAUAAUGCAGCUUAUGAAGGAGAACUGUCGCGCUUCCAUGACAGAAAAGAUUCGCUUACAGCAAUCGACGGGUGUCUCCUAUUUAGAGAGAGGGUGGUAAUCCCCAAAGUAUUGCAACGCACCUGCUUGAAACAGAUAGCAGCUAAGUCUCCAACUCACAUCAAGUCGACCAGCUGGCCAGAAGCACCAGGUCCGUGGUACCGCAUUCAUGUCGACUACGCGGGACCACUCAACGGGGAAUGGUACCUGGUGAUUGUCGAUUCGUUCUCGAAGUGGCCAGAAGUGAUUCCAACGAGCAGUACAACAACAACGGCAACGAUAAGUAUACUGCGUAACAUAUUUGCUCGUUUUGGCAACCCAGUAACACUUGUGUCGGAUAAUGGUCCACAAUUCACUAGCACAGAUUUUGAAUCUUUUUGUAGGCAAAAUGGGGUUGAGCACAUCAGGACAGCGCCGUAUCACCCGCAAUCCAACGGGCAGGCUGAAAGGUUUGUCGACACCUUUAAGCGCGCUUUGAGGAAGAUGUCAGCCGAUGGUCUCACGUUACGAGAAGCUCUGGACACCUUCUUGCAGACCUAUCGGGCCACCCCGAACGCUCAGCUGAAUGAUUCGAAAACUCCUGCCGAGAUUAUGCUAGGCAGGCGUCCCAGGACCUUGCUAGAGCUGUUAUUGCCGCCACGUCAAGCUUCACAAUCGAGUGCUGGUCUACGAGUUCGUGAGCUGAAUCCCGGUGAGUCGAUCUACGCUAAGGAGUACCGCCUGAACGAUUGGAAAUGGGUCACUGCUACGGUGGUCGAUCGGCAAGGCAGAUACAUGUACCUGGUUCGGACUGCUGAGGGGAAGACGUUCCGUCGACACAUUAAUCAGCUACGUCGGCGUAUCAGCGACGGUUCGUUUAAGGACACAACACGGGCCCAUUCACCACUACCUUUGGAUCUGUUAUUCGAUGCUUGGCACUUUAAUCCGUCACCAGUACCUGCAUCAUCGGGCCAGCUAGAAGCUGAUAAACCGUCCUCACCGCCAGCGCCUAUGUCGUCCUGUGUUGUACCAUCUAGUAAUUUUAAUAUUGAGAGCAGCCGUCCAACACUCAUCAAAUGUCCACGAAGAAGAGCUACAUCCCGCAGAACGGAUCAAACAAUCGAUUCGGUACAUGAACCACGUCGCUCUUCUCGCAACAGAAGACCGCCCAGUCGGUUCGAUGUGUACCGAACGUUUUAAGGAGGGAGAUGUUAUGGUGAAUAGUUUGACUUAGUGAGCCAACCUGUAUGUAUCACGGCUCUCACUGAUGAGUGCACGCAUCUCGUGAGAUGCCGUUAGGUUCGGGCUUAUGACGUGAUCCCCGAAGGAUCACUCUCUCUCCGGCGCGCCUCCAAUUAGGAUAGUGAAUAAACGUUUUUAUAUGUGUUAACUUA